AUGGAGGGAAAUGCGAAGGGCGCGGAGAAUGCGGAUGAUGCUCCUAUUAGACCAGUGUCCUCCCUACUGUCCCAUUUCGAAACCCUGUCCCAUCGCAAAACCAAAUCUACAGUAGGAGUUGGUUCCGGUACCCAUGAACCCACAAACCGCUUUCUUAGGACUCCAGAACCUGGCGAGGAGCCUCAGUCGUCGACUCGAGCCUCCUUAGACCUCCCCCGGCCAACCUCUCCUUGGAAUACGUCAGGCGAGGAAAGGCCAGGUCGUCGUAAUGAGCCAGUGAAUGGGCAACAGCUACGACCUCGUGGAUCCCCGGGAAGUCAAAGUCAACAUGGCCGGCCUGUUUCUAUAAACUUCCAGCGCGCAUCCCCUCAGUUACCUCCCACGUUCACUGUCCAUGCCCCCCACUCGCCGCCGCGUGUCCAGGAGCGAAUCAUUCGAUCAACUAGUCAGGAAGACCGAAUCCCAAGGAGCUCAACCCAUCGCUCUAGAGAAUCCGUGUCCGCGGGAGUUUCCCCAGGCCCUGCUCUUCGUCCAAUCACCCCGACAAGGCUGGGAUCUUCCGUUCCUAUGGCAGAGAUCACACAACGACUAUCACCUGGAGGACCCCCUCUGAACGGACAGAACGGACAUACAAGCCCACAAGACCGAAAGCUAAAGAGUGCUUCAUUGCCACCACCGGCGAAUCGAGCAGGGAAGCCUAAGAUUCCAGCGAAGCCUGCUAUGUUUUCUCACCCAGAUACGUCGUCAACGAACUCGUUGGCUCCACGGACUAAGCUGGCGUCAUCCGAAGAGCUUGUAUCGCCGUUCAGUACUCCUCCCAGUAGCCCGGAGAAGACCCCGAUCAAACCAACAUCUGCUAAAAAGAUUCCUCCACGAAUUCCUCCUGCACGGCCUACAACAGAACCGCCGCCACGUCGUUCGUUUGAUGAGAGACCUCCAAUGUCAAUUCUGAAUGCGCGAAAUGAUUCUAGAGAAUUGAGUCUCCCUCGGCCUCAUCCGAUUCCACAGUCUAGCCGAGGUACCAAACCGCUCGUGGUAAAAAUCCCGGCCAACCCUUCAGCUUACGCAGAUGCAUCUACCGCUCCUCCUUUGUCUGCACAAAGACUUCGAGGUACUGAUAGCCCACGCGAGCGACCAGGUCUUCCGCCUAGGCCAUCCUCGGCACAUCCUCGGCGAGCUGGCAUUUCGCCUUCGCGAGACCUCCCACCGGUAGCUAGCCCGGCUCCGAUGAUGUCAGUUCCACGGGCUGCUCCCUCUUAUCACCAUCAAGUUGAAUCUCAAACACCUGUGACAGCCCAGCCACCUCUCCCAAUUAGGCGGCAGCAAUCUUUGUCUCGUGAAUCAUCAUACCAAGAGCGUCGCAUUCCACGAACAGAUACCGAAGAAGAGGAAACAAUCGCCGAAGAGCCGCCAAUUUCUCGAACCGAUUAUCCUGACGCUUCGCAGGCCAAUAGACGACCUCCAUACCUCAAGACCGGCCCCAAGGAGAUACUCACUCGAUAUGACACUCGGCUGAUUGACGUGUGCGGCAAGUAUGUCUGUACUGCUGGGUAUAUCACACGUGUUUGGGAUCUCACUACUGGUGAACAGGUCAUGAGCUUGAGCCACGGCGAGACUGUAAAAUCCCUCUCACUCGCGUUCAAGCCAGGUAAUACACUCGAAGAGGAAGGUCAGCGACUUUGGUUAGGUACCAGUAAUGGCGACCUCCAUGAAGUAGACAUUCAAGCUGGAGGUAUCGUGGCGACCCGCUCAUAUCCAUCUCGCCGUGAGGUCAUUCAGAUCCUACGCCACAAGAAGGAAAUGUGGACGUUCGACGAUGAAGGUCGACUGUUGGUUUGGAUGCCAGAUGAGACCGGUGUGCCGAACCUGCAAUAUAGCUAUCACAGUCCCCAGGAGCGUGUAGCACGCGGCCACACAUUCUCCAUGGUCGUGGGUGAUAAGUUGUUGUUGGCCACUGGGAAGGACGUUCAUGUGUACCGGCCGAAUGCGCGUGAUGAUUCCUCCUUUAAGCUUUUCAAAAGGCCCUUAGGUCUUCAACACUCAGGUGACGUGACUUCAGGUACGUAUACCACCCGGGAUGGUGGUCGAAUUUAUCUGGGUCAUGCAGACGGUAAAGUCACUGUCUACUCCUCCGUUGAUUACUCUUGUUUAGCCGUGGUCAAUGUAAGCGUUUACAAGAUUAAUUGUCUCGGAUUUGUGGGAAACUACCUUUGGGCAGCUUAUAAAACGGGUAUGAUCUACGUUUACGACGUCAGAACCAACCCGUGGACUGUGAAGAAGGACUGGCGGGCCCAUGACAGUCCGGUCUCUGCCUUUGCGCUGGACACGAGCAGUGUUUGGACGAUGAAUCGAUUGCAAGUAACGUCGAUCGGUACUGACAAUUGUAUUCGUCUUUGGGAUGGUAUGCUGGAGGAUGAUUGGUUGGAUGCUCGGAUGCAAAACAGAGAUGUGGAGUUUUGUAGCUUCCGGGAGAUCAAGACUGUCAUUCUUACAUGGAACGCUGGCGCUUCUACUCCCGGUAGUGUACGAACAUCCAAUUUUAUUCAGGAGGCUCUUAAUCCAGACGAUCCUCCCGACAUUGUGGUCUUUGGUUUCCAGGAACUGGUCGACCUUGAAAAUAAGAAGAUUACAGCAAAGAGCUUGUUACUUGGCAGCAAGAAGAAAGAGAACGGCGAGAAAGAACAUAUGAGUCGACAGUACCGAGUCUGGGUUGAUCACUUGACUCGAACUGUUAAUGAGUGUAUCCCGCUUGACGAGUCCUAUGUUCUUCUUCACACUUCCAAUAUGGUUGGUCUCUUUACUUGCAUCUUUGUUAAACACCAGGAACGCCAGAAAAUCAAGAACUUGAGUGCAUCGGAAAUCAAGCGAGGAAUGGGUGGAAUGCACGGAAACAAGGGUGCUCUCAUCUGUCGUUUUGUUCUUGAUGACAGCUCUAUGUGUUUUGUGAACUGCCAUCUAGCAGCCGGUCAAACGCAGACCGCCCAUCGUAACAAUGAUAUCGCAGCUAUUCUUGAAGCGGAGUCAUUGCCUGUGGAAAGCAGCCUCGCGGCGCGAAGCGACCAAUAUGCAAGUGGAGGUGAUGGCUCUAUGAUCAUGGACCAUGAGAUUUGCAUCCUUAAUGGAGACUUGAAUUACCGGAUCGAUUCCAUGCCCCGCAAUGUCAUCAUCAGUGCUGUCCAGCAAAACAACCUUGCCAAGCUGCUUGAGCGUGACCAACUUCUAGCCUCUCGACGCAAGAACCCCGGUUUCCGACUGCGCAGCUUUAUCGAAGCUCCUAUCACAUUUGCUCCGACUUACAAAUAUGAUGUCGGCACGGAUGAAUAUGACUCAAGCGAGAAAAAACGCUCUCCCGCCUGGUGCGAUCGCGUUCUUUACCGCGGCGCUGGUCGCGUCAAACAGCUCAAUUACCGCCGACACGAGGUUCGUGCGUCUGAUCAUCGACCCGUCAGUGCGACGUUCAAGGUUCGCGUUAAGACGGUUCAAUCCCGAGAGCGGGCUGCGAUAUGGGAUCUGUGUCAACAGGAGUUCCAGGAUGAGAAACGUCGGCUUGCUUCUGACGCGAGCAUUGAAUAUCUCAUCACUGUACUUGGCACUGACCCCCGUCAGGCUCGUGCUUUAAUUCUGGGCAGCGAGACAAAAUAA